AUUAUUGCCCAACGUUCGUGCGCCGUGCGGCUCUAGUUGCUCGCUCAGUCAGGCCGUGCGCAGCAGUUACAGUUAAGUCCGUGUUGUCUGUGGCCACGUUCCGACCGUCGCCCCAUAAGUUGCGCUCCAUCGUCUCAAUCGCCACCCGUCGUCAAAACUCACCAAUAAAUAAAUACACGUAAUGGCUCCCCCAUCGUACUCCGAUCUCGGAAAGAACGCCCGUGAUGUCUUCGGCAAAGGCUUCCACUUCGGGCUCAUCAAGCUCGACGUGAAGACCAAGACCGGCAGCGGCGUCGAGUUCAACACGACCGGCACCUCCAACCAGGAGAACAGCGAGGUCUUCGGCUCGCUGGAAACGAAGUACAAGGUAAAGGACUACGGACUCACCUUUGCCGAGAAAUGGAACACCGACAACACGCUCGGCACGGAACUCACCGUGCAAGACCAGCUUCUCAAAGGUCUCAAGCUCGGUGGCGAAUUCAACUUUGCACCUCACUCUGGCAAUAAGGCUGGUAAAGUGAAGAGUGCCUUCACAAAUGACAUGGUCGCGGUAAACGCGGACGUUGAUAUCAACCAAGACGGUCCGAUUAUUAAUGCCGCUGCAGUCAUCGGUUAUCAGGGCUGGUUGGCUGGAUAUCAAGCAGGCUACGACAUCAACAACAAGAAGCUUACCAAGAAUAACUUCGCACUCGGCUUCACAACAGGCGACUUCAUCCUUCACACCAAUGUUCAAUUUGCAUCCGGCGGGGCUGAUGAUGGUGGCAGCAAUGACGGUCAGGAGUUCGGUAGCUCCAUUUUCCAACGUGUAUCACCUCGUUUGGAGACGGGCAUCCAGAUCGCGUGGGCCUCCGGCGGCAACAACACCCGCUUCGGAAUCGGCGCUAAGUACGACUUGGACGAUGGUGCGUCCCUGCGCGCCAAGAUCAACAACGCAAGCCAAAUUGGACUUGGUUAUCAACAACGCCUUCGUGAUGGCGUUACCCUAACUCUGUCGACUUUGAUCGACGGCAAGAACUUCAACAGCGGAGGCCAUAAGGUUGGCUUGGCCCUAGAAUUGGAGGCUUAAGCACCCUUCCUCUAGACACCCGAAAAUCCCAAUUCACGACAUGAAACUACAAGCAAGCAACUAUCCGCAACAUCAACAAGAAACGUACCGGACACAAAAACAAGCAACUUUCAAGCAUCAUUGUUUAUCGAUUCAAAAAGAAAUCUUUAACACCGACAUUAAAAUAAAAUAAUAAUAUUAAUAAUAAAUUCAAAUCGAACGCAAGCUCUGUUGCGGUGCAAAGCAAUCGAACCGCAAAUGCGUUCACAAUAAAUGACGUUGAAUAUUGAAGUUGAUUACACAAAAUAAUAAUAAUAAUUCGCAGCGAGCUGGAUGUCUAGAUAGUACUAUUCACUACACGGGUGCAUGAAUUAUGAAGCGAUACAAAAGCGGAGAGGCAAACGCUCCGCUAAUACACAACCAACCAAAAAAAAAACAACAAAAAUUAUGUAAAUCGUGAACUGCUGAAAAUUUGUAGAUAUUUUUAUUAUUUCCGAUUACCUAUAUUACUAUCUAAUAAUGUGUUAGCAUAUGUGAGAUAAUAUUUAGUUUGUCAUUACGAUAAUGUUACUUGUAAUGGGAAAGUCAUCGAUGAAGAAUAUCGCGGCUGACGGGAGGCGAGUGCGGUGGUGGUGUUUGCGUCUGCACGGCGCGGUCUCAAAGUCUCCCAAUUCAAACGACCGCGUCUGGCGGUGGUGUAUCGGCGGCGAAUCGGUUUUAUUUCAGUAGCCGCCAUAACUGCUGCCAGGACGCAACACCGCCGUAAAUUCUCGCUCGCCCAACGACACCGCUUGUAAUAAUCAUAGUCGUGGGUAAUUUGGCGUGCGCUCCAGCCUUUUAUUUUGUUAAUGAAUAGAGACUUUCUUGUUGUUUGUGAUUCAUAAUGAAGAGAAAAAACAACGCGCAUGGGAGGAGAGGGCUGUUUCACGAUGUUUGUUCUGUUCAUAUAUAAAAAAAAACGAAACUAAGUAACAUCAACCUUGGGGAUGUAUUGAUGAGAGUAUUAUUAAAAAAAAACACACACACAUACAAUUGA